ACACACACACACACAAUUAUAAUAAUAUAAAUAAUAAUAUAUUUUUUUAUAUGCAAAAUUACAUUUAGCUGAUUUAUCUAGGAUAUGAAGAGGAUUUAAAGAGCAUCAUAGAUCAUACAGCGCAUGCUCUUAUGCAAUAAAAUGCAUUUAUCGUUAAUUGAGCCUCUUGCGUUGCAGUGUAUUUUCGCGACUCAUAGACGCGAGUGUCUUUACUUGAUAAAGAUUCACUAUCGCGAUGGCGAACGAGUGCGGCAACAACAUCAUGCAUCGUGCUUGGCAAGACAUGACCAGUGAGGAUAAGAAAUAUGCAGCGGAAUAUUUGAAUGAAACUGAUGAAAACAAAGAGAACGCCGUGGCGGAGAUCAAACGCUGGAUCGAAGAAAGUGAUGAUUUGCCCGCACAAUUUGAUGAUUUUUUUAUUUUGCGAUUUUUGAGAGUUUGCAAAUUUGAUCUUGAGAAAACUAAAGUCAGGAUUCAAAACUAUAAUAAGCAGCGAUCCAAGUUACCGGAAUGGUACAAAAAUAAGGAUCCAUUUCGAUCGCAACUGCAAGAGGUGCUUGAUUUGGGGGUGUAUUUGCCUCUGCGGAAACCGGACAAUAAAGGAAGAUUGGUUAUUCUCAUACGCGCUACUCUGCAUGAUCCAAAAAGAAAUAAGAUAGCAGACUUAGUUAAGAACUAUAUAUUGGCAAUGGAAGCGGCAGUAAAAUUUUAUCCCGCAAUGUCUGUGUAUGGUUGCUCACUGUUAAUAGACGCAUCUAAUCCAACUGUGCGUCACGUUAUUCAAAUUAAACCCUACGAGAUAAUGAAUGUGGUGCAAAUGUGGCAGAGCUGUUAUCCUAUGAGAUAUCAAAAAAUUGUUUUUUUUAACACGCCGAUACUCUUUGAUAUUAUUGUGAGAUUUAUCAAAUCUUUUAUGACAAAGAAGAUGAGGAGUAGAUUUUUCGUCUAUUCAGACGUGGAUAACUGUUUUAAAGAUAUUCCAGCUAAUAUUUUGCCUGUCGAAUAUGGUGGUACUGAUGGUACACUUCAGGAAUUAACAGAAUUUUGGAAAAAAUUUAUUGAAGAAAAUUGCGAUUUCCUUACAAAGGAUGAGAACUACUCAAAAAACUAAAUUUGCAGAGACAGAUUUUAAACAGAUUAUCUAUCAUUAUUGAUAGUGCAAUUAAAUAAAUACAGUUAAGGUAAAUUAUUUAUUAACAAUUAACAAAAGCUCAGAAUUUAUUGGAUUUUAUAAUGUAUAUGAACUAUACGAUGUUAUGUGUUCUAUUAAUGAUAUAACAUAAAUGGACAAAUAAAAGAUAACGUUUUUUAAAGAA